AUGAGCAGCGAAAAAGGUCUUGGUGAUAAUGUAUAUGAACAUUUAGACCUUAUUGAAGAUCCUCAAAGUAGUUAUGUUUAUUCUUAUUUACAUAUGAUCAAGGCUACUAAGAAGGAUAAGCUAAUUAGCAAUUCAACAAUCACUUAUAAUGAUAUAUUAGCUUCAAUUAGAAAUAAUUCAUUGACAAGAAAUUCUUCAUUAGCUAAAAGUUGUCUACCAACUAGAAGUUCUCCUAUACCUAAAGUUUCUGAUUAUAUUGAAACAAUAUUAAAUGCUUCAGAUCCAGUAAGUCUAAUGUUAUCACAUACUCUAAUGACUCUGAAAUUCACUACAUUAAUUAGUAGUGCAUGUUUAUUAGAUUUAGAUGAAGAAAUAAAUAAAUAG